AUGUACAUCCGCCAUCAGGCAGCUUGCAACCGAUAUGAUGAGUACUUGGAGAUGGCUCAAAGAACAUCACGCGAAUGUCUCCAGGUUUUUUGUGACGCCAUGGUAGAGACAUAUGAGCAAGAAUAUCUGCGUAGACCAACAACGCAUGAUAUUUUGCGAUUAUACGAAGCACAUGAGGAGAGACAUCACAUUCCCGCGUACAAGUAUCCAACCGAUCCGAAAGAGAAAAAGUUUAAGCGGUUACAGGAGUCAGCUCGAAAGGAUGUUGAACGUGCCUUCGGUGUUCUGAAGCAGAAAUGGGGUAUCCUUUGUCGACCGUUUCGACAAAGGUCGGUGAAAGCAAUAAGGAACCUCGUCUAUACGUGUGUCAUAAUGCACAACAUGAUUAUUCAGGACGACGGUCGCGCUAUCAGUCCGGUUCAUAUUGAAGAUCCUCGGGUCCAACCUAACAGUCAACAUGAUCGUUUACAAGAGAUACGGGACGAGGAGACACAUUUUCGGCUCCGAAAUGAUCUUACGGAGCAUAUUGCGACUCAAGAGUUACCAUAUCUCGACGUCACUAAAGACUAG